AUGGACAUGGUUUUGGAAUCCAUGGCCAUCGUCGAUGUUGAAGUUCGUGAUGGAGAAGGAACAAAGACCAGGAAAGGUUUGAAACGAAGUUCUUCGAAUAUCAGUCGUCUUUUGUCGGCUAAUUACUUCGUGUCCAAUUCUUGUGAUGAAAUUAUUUGCUUAUUCGGGAUCACUAAUGUCUUUGUUUACAAUCCUGGAACUAGAGAUUUUCGGAUUGUUAAGAUGCAAAAGAAGGAAUUCUCCCCUGAUUAUUCCAGCGUUGAUAUGUUUGUGCGAGUUUUCCCAUUGUAUCAAUCAGUAGAGUUUGGUCGUGAUCAAGUGUUUACACCUAAAGAAGAAAACCAUAUUCAUGAGUGCGAGGUUUUUACACUGAGUUCAGAUGCUGGGCCUUCAUGGAGGGGCCUUGGCGAAGUUGCUUACUUCAUUAGGGCAGCACAACUCCCUGUCUAUCUCAAUGGAUCACUUCACUGGAUCCUUGACGAAAGGCAUGCUAACCAUUCUGAGGUGAUCGUCUUCUUUGAUCUCCGUACUAAGAAAUUCCAAGCAAUAUCACACACAAGCUGUUUCUCAGAAGUCUCAGAUCGUAGUAGGCUUCAUCAUAUGGAGUUACUGUCUUUGAGAGGCUCUCUAUGUCUAGUAGAAGGAAAAUGCGACUGGUCAUCUCGGCAGCUGAAUAUUUGGAUAAUGAAUCAAAGCAAUGGAAUUUGGGAGAAGCUGUUUUCUAUUAAUCGGGGAUUGACGAAUUACAGAUUUCCAUUGGCGUUUGCAAUAGCAGAACUCAAGGAUGGAACCUUUUUAGUUUUACAUCACAAGAAAAUCUUGGAAUUAUUUGACCCAGAGAGCCAGAGAGAUAGUGGUGUUGAUUACUAUGCAUACUCCGAAUGUUUAGUCCCUCUUUAUGGAAAGCCACUGGUGAAUUGA